AUGUCCGGACUUGGAGCGGUCGAUUUGGACGAGCGGGUCGCUCAGAUGAUGAUGCCGGCGGCGGUGGUGACGAGAAUCAUGAAAGAAGAGGGCAUCGUCGCGUCGAAGGAAGCCCGCGACGUCAUCGCUCGAGCUACCGCCGUCUUCCUGAUCAACCUGACCGACGUGUCGACUGAGGCGGCUCGCGAGCAGAAACACAAGACCAUUGCCGCCGAUAACGUGCUCAAGGGGCUCAAAGAUCUGGAAUCGACAGCUAUUUACGAAUACGUAAGCGCAGGCCCAGUUGCCCAGUUUUUCAUUGUCCUUUUCAGUGCAAAUCGAUCAACGACAAGUGGAAGAUUCUCCGUCAGCAGAAGGCUCUUUCGGCCAAAAAUGCGGCGGUGCUCGCAGACGCUGAUGAAAACGGCAUGGACAACGAGAUAAUCAUCGAAGAGACGCCCGAAAACUGA